GCCCCUCGUCACACUCUCCUCACCCACUUCACUACGCUCCCGCUCCCUCCCGGCGGCCGGCGCUCAAAGUUCAAAACCCUCCUCCCCUCCACUUCAAAUUAAAUCCCUCCGCCCUCCACCAAGGUUCGCUCACGCCUCACUCGCUCGUUGCCUUGCCGAUGGAGAGCUACGGCGGCCGGAAGCGCGCGUGGAAGAAGGGCCCGACGCGGGGGAAGGGCGGCCCGCAGAACGCGGCGUGCGAGUACCGCGGCGUGCGCCAGCGGACGUGGGGCAAGUGGGUGGCCGAGAUCCGCGAGCCCAACAAGCGCACCCGCCUCUGGCUCGGCUCCUUCGCCACCGCCGAGGAGGCCGCGCUCGCCUACGACGAGGCCGCGCGCAGGCUCUACGGGCCCGGCGCCUUCCUCAACCUCCCCCACCUCCGCGCCUCCGUCACCGCCGCCGCCGCCGCCGCGCACCAGCGCCUCAGGUGGCUCCCGGCCUCCGCCCGGGGCGCCGCCGUCCCGGCAUACGGCCUCCUCAACCUCAACGCGCAGCACAACGUGCACGUCAUCCACCAGAGGCUGCAGGAGCUCAAGAACGGCGCGUCGCCCACCAAGCCCCCGCAGGGCCAGGGCGGCGCCAGAAUUAUUACUCCCCACCAGCAGCUCGUCCCUCCUCUCCCGGUCUCCACCGACACCAACGGCGGCGUCGCUGCCCACGCGGCUCUGCCGCCGCCCAUGUCCUGCUUCCAGGCCCUGGAGCAGGCGGUGGCCACGGCCACGACGGCGGCCGACGACGACACCGAGCCGUGCGAGGGCGCCUGCCCCGGCGCGGACAAGCCCCAGCUCGACCUCAGGGAGUUCUUGCAGCAGAUCGGCGUGCUCAAGGACGACGAGGACGCCGCAGCCACCAAAGGCAGCUUUCACGGUGAUGGCGAGGUUGGCUUCGGCGGCAACGGCGAGUUCGACUGGAACGCGCUGGCCGCGGACCUCAACGACAUCGCGGGCGGCGCCGUCGGCGUGAACGGAGGGUUCCAGAUGGACGAUCUGCAUGAGGUCGACCAGUUCGGAAGCUGCCUUCCCAUCCCUGUCUGGGACGUGUAAUCUGAGCCCAUGAUGCAAUGUCCUGCCUAUCUCUAUUUGCAUGCAUGCACAUGGGACCUCUCUCGUUACUUUUACCUUUCAAGCUAGCUAGCUCAUGUACGAAUCUGAUUCUGGGUGAUGAGUUUGGCAUGAUGAACUUUCAUCAAUUUGUUA